GGAUGAUAUUGUAGACUACACGAUUCGGAUACACUGAUAUGAGUACAAUGACCACAAAUAGGCGUAGACAAAAACGAUCAUCUCGACCACCACCUCAAAUCGCGUCGCUAUAACGCGCCAUUCAAAUGGUGAAACAGAGUCUUGCCUUUCUUCACUCUCACGACGCUGCAGAAGGCCACGGCGACUCUGUCUGGGGCAUUUCUUGGACGAGCAACGACACUGUGAUAUCUAUCUCAGCAGACGGAAGCAUCAAGCAAUGGACCUCUGCAGGCGAUCCCCAGCCUCCAAAUCCCAGCUCCGAUUUCCCAGCUCCACACAUGCUCGGUCUUGUCUCUCUAUCCGUAUCGUCAGAUGCAAAAUACGCCCUCUACAACACCAUCGAAGGUCUCACAUCCUUAUGGGAUCUGACUACCGGGGACAUCGUUGGGAAGUAUGAGAGUUACAGCAGAUCGUCUGCAGGUGGCGAUAUCGAGCCCUCAUGGUCCGUAUCUUUGCAUCCAAACUGCCAGAUCUACGCCUCUUCAGGCGCUUCCGGGAAUGUCGCGAUCCACUCUGCUAGUUCAGAGAAUUUUGGGCGACGACUGUCUACCUUACCGUCGGGGAGGAGCAAAUUUGGAUUGCACUGUACCCACAGCCCAGACGGCAAGCGCGUUGCGCUGUCCUCGGAAUCAGGCCAGAUCUACAUAUUCGACCUUGAAACGAAUUCACUGGCAACGACAUACACCUCCCAUGCUAUGGCCGUUCGGGAUCUUGUCUGGUCUCCUGAUUGCAACCUCCUUCUGAGUGCAUCUGAAGACAAACGUCUGGUGCUUCAUGACGUACGGACAUCUUCCGGAAGGAUGGUGGCCGCUUUUACGGGACACUCUUCAUGGGUUCUCAGCGUCGAUAUAUCACCCGAUAAUCGUCUUGGCCUGUCAGGGUCUGCCGACAAAACCAUCAAGGUAUGGGACAUUGCAGCACGAACGGCUGUAUCAACUGUUCAAGAUACCGGAGAAGUGUGGUCAGUAUCAUGGAGACCCAAACUGACGGCCGUUGGGGUUGGCGCCUUUGUCACUGGAGGCGAAGAUGGGGUGGUGCGAUGGUGGAGGGGCGCCGGCGGAGCAAGCACCUUUUAGCAUAUUCUGUACCAUCAAAUGCAUCAAUUCUGAUCCAAGCGAGAAAUUCAUUUCACGGACGGUUAGCUUCGCAGUGAUUCCUCGGUAAGCAAUAAUAUAAAUAUUAGUAGUACUUGAGAACAAAAACAGAGAAAUAAAUACAUGCGUAUCCUAUAUUAGGAGUAUAUGCCAUAAUU